AUGAGAAUAAUUACCCUUACUUUAGUCUUCGAAGCGCUGCAGAACCUGGGUAGUUUGUUCUACCUCUGCUGUAUUGCAUUGCUGGUGUUCACAAGCGGUGUUACUAGUAACGAAACUGUCCAGUUUGCAUAUGUGGAGGAGCAGGAGGCAGAAAGCCUGCACCCGGCCGAACCAUGCAUCACAGGGUUUCGUGCUGGUGCCCUGCGAUGGGGUGAGGCUGUGGUUCGGAGGAAGAGGAGGCCACGACCUGGGAACUUGCCGUUCGCUGCAGAUCUCCAAAGCCUGUCCAUGGCAAUACACUGGGCGGUCAGAUGGCUGAGUACCGGCAAGGUCCAGCAAGAACAAAGAAACCACACCACAGAACCUGUAAUAGAUGACUAUAAAAAGAUGGGGACUCUCUUUGGCGAACUAAACAAAAGCCUUAUCAGAAUAGGCUUCACAAGGAUGUACUUUGGAGAACGGAUAGUAGAACCUGUAAUAAUUAUAUUCUUCUGGGUUAUGCUCUGGUUUCUUGGCCUACAAGCUCUUGGACUGGUUGCUGUUCUGUGCCUUGUCAUUAUUUAUGUACAACAGUAAAAUUUUAUAGAUGCUGUUUGGAUGAUGUAUUUCAACACCGUCACUAUGCCAGUGGAUUUAUGUGUUUAAGUAAAAGGGUGGCAUAUCAAAAGCUGCAACGCUUUGAACUGCAUUUUGCUGAACUUCCAAUGUUUGGGGUGACGGGGACUAAAAUUAUGCAUUUUAAGCAAAGUCAGCAAUGUCCUACUACAUCUUUGAAGGGCAAAAAAGGAGAUGUCUGUAAUACAAUGGUGUCCAAUGUACUGUUUUCUGCACUCUUGGGGCCUUAGUCCAAGGAUUGGCUUUUUGUCCCCCCUGCCAAUGUUCUUGCUUUGUAUAGUGAAAAUUUCCUGUCUGGUUUUAAGAGGACACUUGAUGUGAGUGUCCUGUUUCACUGUUGGGGGGGCUCAUGUGCUGUUUGUUCCCUGAAUGUGCAUAAUUUGCUGGUUUUUUUGCUGAAAAGCUAAAUCUGCACAAGGGAGGUUUGCUAACAAACCUACAAUGACAAACGUUCAUAAGGUGAAUACAGCUUCCCGACACAAAAGCAUCUUUGGUUAAUGUAGUUUAUAGCAAGCUUUCCCGCAGGAAACAAGCUAUGCCAGCAAAAUGCUUUUAUACUAAUGUUAGUGACUUCACACAAGGCUUCAGCUGUUGUUUAGGAGGAAUUGCAGUCCUAUAUUGGCCAAAUGGUCUAACGUAGCUCUACCUUGUUUAUGGAAAUGUACUCGGCUCCUGCUGCUAUUUUUCCUUCUUUUUUUUUUUAAUACUUGCUCUCUCCCCCAGCCUUCCUUCUGAAGAUAAACAUUUGGAUAA